GCUUCUGGCUGUGGCUGAGAAGGAAGGAUAUGUCGUGGGGAAAACAAGGGUCCUAGGGGUAGCUGCAGGGGACGGCAGGGAGACGUCCCUGCCGUUGCUCCACCACCACGAGAUGUUCCAGGAAUAAUGGAGCGAAACAUCAAUGAAGGGUGGCUCCCGGCUGAUGACCCUGCAGCUACCCCACAGGCACCGCUGGAGGUGCGUCAGGCGGAAACGCCCUGCAGGCAGCCAUCACCUGUGCUUGCAUUUACUUCGUUCAAAUCCACUGUGGGUCAGUUCUUGUGUCAUCACCUUGGCUGAGGAUCCUCACAUGACCAGAGCUCUGAAGCUGAUGUCUGAGACACCGCUCAUCGACGGUCACAACGAUCUGCCUUGGCAACUUCGAAAGCAAUUCAACAAUGAGCUCAACAAAGUAGAUCUUAACACACUCAACACAACGCACACCAACAUCCCUAAGAUCAAGGAGGGACGGCUGGGAGCGCAGUUCUGGUCAGCCUAUGUUCCCUGUGAGAGUCAGUACAAAGAUGCAGUCAGACAAACACUGGAGCAAAUAGAUGUGGUUCACAGGAUGUGCCAGAAAUACCCAGAAACCUUCAUGUUUGCCACCAGUAGCCAAGAAAUCAUGAAUGCCUUCAGCAUGAAAAAGACAGCCAGUCUGAUUGGAGUGGAGGGGGGUCAUUCAAUAGACAGCAGUCUGGGAACCCUCCGCGUCAUGUACCAGCUGGGCGUCCGUUACCUCACUCUCACACACUCCUGCAACACACCAUGGGCAGAUAACUGGCUUGUUGACACUGGAUCAGAGCCAUCUCAACACAAUGGUCUGUCUCCAUUUGGCAAGCAACUAAUUGUGGAAAUGAAUCGUCUGGGGAUGCUGAUCGAUCUGGCCCAUGUGACUGUUGCAGUCAUGAACCAAGUGCUGGACAUGUCCAAAGCUCCUGUCAUCUUCAGCCACUCUUCUGCCUACAAAGUCUGUCCACAUAAAAGAAACGUCCCUGAUGAUAUUCUCAAGAGAGUCAAUCAAACUGGCGGAAUCGUCAUGGUGAACUUCUACAAUGACUAUGUGACCUGCAACAAGUUGGCAAAGCUCUCAGAUGUUGCUGAUCACUUUGAUCAUAUAAAGAAAGUGGCCGGGGCAGGUAUCAUUGGUUUUGGUGGAGAUUAUGAUGGCGUUACCAGACUACCAGAGGGUUUGGAGGAUGUGUCCAAGGUGCCCAAACUUGUGGCUGAACUGCUGCGGAGAGGAUGGACUGAUGACGAGGUCAAAGCUGCUCUGGGAAAUAACCUGCUCCGGGUCCUGACAGCGGUUGAGAAGGUCCGUGACAGUUUGAGCGGCACAAAUCCAGACGAUGUUCCUAUUCCAUAUGAGGAGGUGAAGAACCCGUGUAGGACAAGCUACGGGUACCCCAAUGCUGGAGCCAUCCAAUCACUGAGUGCUCUGGCCCUGCUGCUUACACUGGCUCUUCAGGCUCUUGUCACAGCUUAACAGUCUGAUUAUCAGUGCAACUGAUUGUAUGUAAGUCAAGAGUUUGAAGAGUUUUUAAUGAAAUCUCUAAAAUCUGAAAA